GAUCUGUUGCAGGCAGGGGAAGGCGUGACCUGAAUGGAGAAUGCCAGCCAAUUCCAGAGACACACAGGGACCUCAGAACAAAGAUAAGGCAUCGCUGACACCACACCGGGGACGAGCUCGCAGACAAGUCAGGCCGGGGGGACCAGGCAGCCAGGAGCACCCAAGGCAGGAAAAUGAGGUGGCUCCUUCUCUCUCAUGCUCUGUGCUUCUCCUUGUUGAAGGCUUUGGCCCACAUAGUGGAGCUUAACAAUAUGUUUGGCCAGAUUCAGUCGCCUGGCUAUCCAGACUCUUAUCCAAGUGAUUCAGAGGUGACGUGGAAUAUCACUGUCCCAGAGGGAUUUCGGAUCAAGCUUUACUUCAUGCACUUCAACUUGGAAUCCUCUUACCUUUGUGAAUACGACUAUGUGAAGGUAGAAACUGAAGACCAGGUGCUGGCAACCUUCUGUGGCAGGGAGACCACAGACACAGAACAGACCCCUGGCCAGGAAGUGGUCCUCUCCCCUGGCUCCUUCAUGUCUAUCACUUUCCGCUCAGAUUUCUCCAACGAGGAGCGAUUCACAGGCUUUGAUGCCCACUACAUGGCUGUGGAUGUGGACGAGUGCACGGAGCGGGAGGACGAGGAGCUGUCCUGCGACCACUACUGCCAUAACUACAUUGGUGGCUACUACUGCUCCUGCCGCUUCGGCUACAUCCUCCACACAGACAACAGGACAUGCCGAGUGGAGUGCAGUGACAACCUCUUCACGCAGAGGACUGGUGUGAUCACCAGCCCCGACUUCCCCAGCCCUUACCCUAAGAGUUCUGAAUGCCUCUACACCAUUGAGCUGGAGGAGGGUUUCAUGAUCAGCCUGCAGUUUGAGGACAUUUUCGACAUUGAGGACCAUCCUGAGGUGUCCUGCCCCUAUGACUACAUCAAGAUUAAAACCGGUCCAAAAGUUCUGGGGCCCUUCUGUGGAGAGAAAGCCCCAGAACCCAUCAAUACCCAGAGCCACAGCGUCCAGAUCCUGUUCCGCAGUGACAACUCAGGCGAGAACCGGGGCUGGAGGCUGUUGUACAGGGCAACAGGGAAUGAGUGCCCCAAGCUGCAGCCUCCUGUCGAUGGGAAAAUCGAGCCCUUGCAAGCCAAGUACUUUUUCAAAGACCAGGUGCUCGUCAGCUGUGACACAGGCUACCAAGUGCUGAAGGAUAAUGUGGAGAUGGACACGUUCCAGAUCGAGUGUCUGAAGGAUGGGACAUGGAGUAACAAGAUUCCCACCUGUAAAAUUGUGGACUGUGGAGCCCCGGCAGAGCUGGAAAACGGGCUGGUCACAUUUUCCACCAGAAACAACCUUACCACAUACAAAUCUGAGAUCAGAUACUCCUGCCAGCAGCCCUACUACAAGAUGCUGCACAGUAUCACAGAUGUAUAUACGUGUUCUGCCCAAGGAGUCUGGAUGAAUGAAGUCCUGGGGAGAAGCCAGCCCACCUGCCUGCCAGUGUGUGGGAUCCCCAAGUUCUCCCGGAAUCUGAUGGCCAGGAUCUUCAACGGACGCCCAGCCCAGAAGGGCACCACUCCAUGGAUUGCCAUGCUGUCGCACCUGAAUGGGCAGCCCUUCUGCGGGGGCUCCCUUUUAGGCUCCAAAUGGAUUGUGACCGCGGCUCACUGCCUUCACCAACUGCUGGAUUCAGAGGAGGCAACCCUACAUGGCUUGGACUUGCUCAGCCCCUCUGCCUUCAAAAUCAUCAUGGGCAAGCAUUGGCGGUACCGGUCAGAUGAGAAUGAACAGAGUCUCAACGUCAAACAAAUCUUCCUCCAUCCCCUGUAUAACCCCAACACAUUUGAGAAUGACAUGGCUCUGGUGGAGCUGUUGAAGAGCCCGGUGCUGAAUGACUUUGUGAUGCCCAUCUGUCUGCCCCAGGGGCCAUCGCAGGAAGGGGCCAUGGUCAUCGUCAGUGGCUGGGGGAAGCAGUUCUUGCAAAGGUUCCCGGAGACCCUGAUGGAGAUCGAAAUCCCAGUUGUUGACCACCGCAUCUGCCAGGAGGCCUAUACCCCACUGAAGAGGAAAGUGACCAGAGACAUGAUCUGUGCUGGGGAGAAGGAAGGCGGGAAGGAUGCCUGUGCGGGUGACUCUGGAGGGCCCAUGGCGACCUUGGAUACAGAGAGAGGCCAAUGGUACCUAGUGGGCACGGUGUCCUGGGGUGUGGACUGCGGAAAGAAGGACCGUUACGGAGUGUAUUCCUACAUCUUCCACAACAAGGACUGGAUACAGAGGGUCACCGGGAUAAGGAAUUGAAUUCGGUUCCUCACCUGUCCAUGGUCGGUCAGCAGCAGAGGAUAGUUAUCUGAUGCAAGAUGCCCCUUGCCCUACACGCACCUCAUUCGGCCCAUCUAUUACUGGCCAAUAAAGGGGGCAUCUCAGCCCCCUUCUCACUCUCUUUAAAGAAGCAGAGUAGCAGGGUGGUCAGAAUCCAGGUUGUAUCACCUACUAGCUUUGUAACACUGGGCAGGUGACUUCACCUCUUGGAGCCUCAGUUUCUUUGUCCAUAUUAUGGAAAUGGCAUACCUUACCUACCUCAUAAAAGUCUGAUGAGGAUCAAAUUUAGUUAAUAUACAUAUAGCACAUAGCACAGUGCAGGCAUAAACUAAGUGCUCAAUAAAUAUGACUUAGCAGAAGGCCAGUGUGUCUACUAGGCACAUUACGUUCUCUUACAAAUCCUGGCUGGGCCUUAGGGCUGAUCAGUGUGCCCCGCUCCCCUCAACCUUGACCAUCUCCUUCACCUGCCCCCGAAUGCUCCAUGCUUCUUUGCUACCAUGCAUUUCCCAACCCCAAUCCCCACCCCUCCCCAUAAAAAGGUAAAAGAGACAAUGUUCUUAGUCUAUGGCAUGUCCCAUAGUGAUGCACUUACGACCAUGAGCUAGAUACCAAACUGUGAGAGUGCCUGAGAGAAGCAGGCACUCUCACAGGGUGGGGAGACUGGGAAUGGUGAAUUAAGAAGUCAGACACCAGGUUCUAGAACCAACUCUUCCCCCAGCUCCCUGUGACUCUAUGCAACUCCCUUCCCCUCAUCCCAAAGGACCCUCCCAGCUCUGACAAUCUAGGAUCCAAUGAAGCCAUUUCUCCCUGAAGAGAUAGUUAAAGCCAAAAUAACCGAAAGGCAAAAAUGGCCUUAGGUUCAACAGAGCUUUGUUGCAGACCAAACACUGCUGCUACUGCAACACCCACCCCUGUGCACCACACCCUAGUUCCCAAGGACUAGCCCUGGCGAAGUGCUAGCCAAGGGGCCUUUCCUUAUUCCUAAGCAGAGCCUCUGCUCUAGGCACCGGCCUCCUUUUCUUCCUGGGAACCUGAGUUGUACAAGGUAGGCCCUGGGAGGCUAGACUCAGCCCCCUGCACUCUCCCUCCCUGUGUCCACAGCUGACCCCAAGCCACCAUUCCCCUGGUUCCUCACCCCUGUUCCUCACCCUGAACACCACAGCCCUGCAGGGUCAUAAGUGCCUCCCAAGCAGAAUGCCUCUCCUCUCCGAGAGCCACCUCCUCUCUCAGGAAGCUUCCAGGGACCUCCUCCCCUCCAGAGCUCUGAGAUUUAAGCCCUUCAAGGGAUCAGAAGCCCCAAGUCCCUGGCUUCUGUUCUAUCAAAAUUGGUCUUCAUGCGAGACUUCAUUUCUCGACCUGCACUGCAGCUGCUGGAGUCGUUCAGGGUCUCUUGCUGAAGGAAGAUGAUCCUGAGGAAUGAGAACUUAUGGACACUAAGCCCUAAGCUCACCACUCAGGGACGGCAAUUCACAGCCUGCUUUUGAUUCUCUGAGCAAGUCAUUCUACCUCUCUGUGCCCUGCUGUUUAUUCGCUAAACGGAAGAUGACAAUCAUACUCAAUCCCACCAGACAUUUGUCAAGCAAACUGGAGCUCUAUUUCAGACACCAGAGAAGAAUUGCAAUGCAAAGUUUUGGAACUACCCUAAGGCAUUCCAAACACCAUGCCUUCCAAUUUCACAGCACUGCCUGGGUGCCCCCAUGUGCCAGGCUAUGCUGACUGCUAUGCGGACCACCAAGACGAGGGGAACAUGAUUCAUACCUUCCAGGAGCUCCUACAGGAAGAGCUGACACAUACACAAGUGUCUAUCAUGAACAGAAUGAACCCCACCAAGUGCUAUGUGUCAGAACAGCGCAGAGGUGAAAGAAAGGCCAUUCUAGUAUGGAGACGUUGGAGGAGGGGGCAUCAGGAAGGCAUCCCAGAGGAGAUGGUGUUGGAGCUGAGCCUUGAAGAGGGUGGGCAUUUCCACAGGUAAGACACAGGGAGCCCUUCCAGGUAGAAGGACAACAAGAGCUCAUGUCCACUCAGGCUUUCCUCAGAUUACACUCUCUUCC